AUGUGUAUCUCCUCAACUGCCACUCCAAAAUUACUGGAGAACUCACUAAUGGGGAAGACAAGUAUUUCCUAUAUGGAGUGUGCUGUGCAGUUCUUUAUCGCUAGUAUUUUUGGACCUGCUGAGUGCCUCCUUUUGGCCGCGAUGGCAUAUGAUCGAUACGUGGCCAUCUGCAAACCACUGGCUUACCCAGCAAUUAUGUCUAAGAGGUUCUGUCUUCUUAUGGUAGUGGACUCAUACCUGGGAAGUUUGUUAACUGCUUUCGUAUUUACAAGUAAUUUAUUCAGAUUAUCCUUCUGUGGGCCCAAUGUUAUCAAUCAUUUCUUCUGUGAUUUCCCUCCCCUACUGAAGCUUUCCUGUUCUGACACGACACUUGCUAAAAUAAUUCCUUCAUCUUUUGCCACCCUUCUAAUUCUGUCCACACUGGCGAUCAUAGUUGUUUCUUACCUAUAUAUUAUGUUGGCCAUUCUCAGAAUAAAAUCAUCCGCGGGUCGAGGAAAAGCCUUCUCCACUUGUGCUUCCCAUUUGACCGCAGUCAGUCUAUUUUAUGGGUCUUCAGCAUUCAUUUAUAUGCUGCCCAAAUCCAAAUACUCAAUGGAUCAGAAGAAAGUUGUGUCCAUGUUCUACAUGGUUGUGAUCCCCAUGUUGAAUCCACUGAUCUACACCCUGAGGAACAAAGAAGUGAAGGAAGCUUUGAAAAGGACACUUGGUAUCAAAGGGAUUUAUUAUGGGCAAUUCUAG